CGCGCAAGCGCGGAUCCGUCGCGACCAACACGCGUGCUAUCGCGCUCACCGACGUCCUCCGCCCCGGCGCGCCCAAGCGGAUCGUCGAGUCCGAGCAGCUCCCGAAGGAGAUCCGCGACCCGGUCAUGGACUCGAUCCAAUCCCUGGGCGGCAAGUGCACCGUCGGCGACGUGGCGUCCGCGGCGGGCGUCAAGCUUUCGGACGCGGAGAACGCGAUGAAGGCGAUCGCCGCGGACACCGGCGCCACCCUCGAGGUCUCCGCCCAGGGCGACAUCCUCUACGUCUUCGAUCGCGACUUUCGAUCUCUCCUCAACGCCAAGUCGACGAAGAUCAAAACCGUGGAGCCGCUCGUCGAGGGAGCCGGCAAGGUUGGAGGGUACCUCCUGAGGAUCUCGUUCGGAACCACGCUCCUGGCGUCCAUCGUCAUCGUCUACACCGCGAUCGCGGCGCUCCUGUCCAACCGCGACGAACGCGACCGCGACGAGAGAAGGGGCGGCGGCAUGGGAGGCGGCAUGUUCUUCGGCCCCCGGAUGUACUUCUCCCCGUUUGACAUGUUCUGGUACUGGGACCCGUACUACUACGAGCGCAGGAGCUACUACGCCGCGAUGGAGGGCGCCAAGGACAUGGACUUCCUCGAGGCGGUCUUCUCGUUCGUCUUUGGCGACGGGGAUCCCAACGCGGAUUUCGAGCGCAAGCGGUGGGCGCUGGUGGGGCUCUGCAUCCAGCGCAACAACGGGGUGGUCACCGCCGAGCAGCUCGCGCCGUUUCUCGACAGGGACGAAGACUCGAUCGGCACCGACGACGAGUCCUUCGUGCUCCCGGCGCUGACCAGGUUCAACGGCGCCCCCGAGGUUGACCCGGCGUCCGGUGAGAUCGUGUACAGGUUCGAGGACCUCGAGUCCACCGCGGGUGGCGUGGCCGCCAUCCAGGCGGUGCUCGACGAGAUCCCGAGGGAGCUCGGCGUCACGACGUCCGUCGCGGAGGAGGAGAGGUACAAGUUUUCGCUCGCCACCGGCGGCCAACGGACGAUGGCCGCCGCCUUGGGCGUGUUUAACUUUGUGGGCGUCGUGGCGCUCGGGGUUUUAUCCUCAGAUCCGCAAAUCGCGAUGCAAAAGGCGCAGCUCGUCGCCGCGGUCGGUUCGCUGCUCCCGGGUCUUCAGGCGUACGCGGUGGCGUUCUUCGCCAUUCCCGCGGUGCGAUGGUUCGUGUGCCAGCGGAGGAACGCGCAGAUCGACGCGAGGAACGCGGCUCGGCUCGAAGCGUCGAAGCAGAUCGCUCGGCCGGGUAAGUUGCUCAAGGAGAAGAUGGACGCGGCGCGAAGGAUGGCGACGGGGCGGCGGACGGUGACGGAGGGAAGCGGGGUGUUCUCGUCCGGUAAGAGCGCGGCGGACUACGAGGCGGAGGAUUUCGAACGUCGCCUGCGCGAGCGUAACCAGUGAGUGCGGGACGAGAGCCGAUUAGUCGACGACUUGAACGAUGGAAGUAAUCGCUUGCAACUCUUAUUAAACCCAAAAAACCGUCAAACCCACCCGUUCGCGGCGCACUUACGGCAACCGCAGUCCCAAACGCGGGGACGUCUCUUGACCUCCACCUCCAGCGCGCGAAACGCGGCGACCCCGUCCCCGUGACCAACCCCGUCGCUCCUCCUGUACGGCGCCACCGCGUCCAACGCCGCUCCCGAGGUGCACAGCAUCAGCGCGUCGAAUAUGAUCUGCAGCGCGUCGACCCGAAUCGAUCGCGCGGGUUCCGCGACCGACGCCUCGUCCAGCGCGGACGCGAGCUCGGGGUGGGGUUGGUUGGCGACGGCGUCGGCGAACCUGCGCAGGAACAGCUCGCCGGCUCCGCCGUCGCACCUCAUCGUCGGCAAGUCGUACGGGCCGCCCGCGAUGGACGCGAUGGACGCGACCGCGGCGGCGACGUCGAUGUCGCGGACGCGCGGGUCGUGCCACGGGGUCUUUGGGACGAGCGCGCGGUAGAGGUUCGGCGGGGUCAGCAGCUGGCCCGGGUGUCCCCUCCCCUCGUCCCACUGCUCCAGCGACGUUCCUAGGCGUUCCAUCUCUAUCACUCACAACUCUCCCAACCUCCGCUUUAGACCGGCGUGAGGAGCUGCACGAGGCUGGGCUUGGGCGUGGUGUUCAUGCCGACAAUAAUGAUGGCGGGGAUCAUCGCGUAGUGCAUCCAGUCCGCCACGUUGUAGUCGU